AGAGGGUGUGUCUAUUAGGCUACUUGAGUGGCUUAUUGCACUGAAACCUCUCUCCAUCUCUCAGCCUGGCCAGGGGAAACGCCGACGGAUAGAAGGCAUGGGUGCACCUGGACCGCGUGAAGAUCGUAAUGUAACUGAGAAGGAUUCAUAAAAAUAUUGUCGCUUUUAAUGUGACCGGCCGAUCGUUUGUGCGCCGCGUCCGCAACUUCUCUGGGGAGUGUGGGUGCACCUCUCGGUGUUCCGAAAACUCAGUCGCCGGAAGCUCUACAGCCUCUUAUUGUAUGUGGGGGCUUCCUAUUCCUAAUAAUAGCCUUACUUCUACAUACAAAACGUUGUUUCAGUAUACCAGUCAUUUAUUUUUGGUUUGCUGUGUCAUUCAGACGAAUUGCGGCGUAAAUAAAACAACGUUGAAUUGAUAUUGUAGGCUACAGAAACAACAAAGUUAUUAGCAUCCUUAACGUUGUUUUGUACAUACUUCAGUGUAUAUUGCGCUGACUGGAUACAUUGUCAUUCAAUUUGAUCAUACAAGGCCUCAAAUAUUGAUCGUGUUCAUAAAUCUUCUGUUUGAAUUUAUACCGCGUUCAGAUCAUGUCGGAAACUCGGGACGUCCGGGUUAAAAUGAACGUACGUUUUUUACGUAGAGCUUCCUAUUGGUUGGUUCUGGUUUAUCCCAAGUGUGAAACUCGGGGUCCGAAUCUACCGCCUAGGUUAGCAAAUCGGACAUUACGUCUUUCCGACAUGAUAUGCAUAUGGCAUCACCAUACACUUCCGCUUAUGCUCAAUUACCCUGGGGAUGAGAUCCGUUUGAACUAUGACCUAGUACGAGCCGGUGGUCAACUCCAGGGAAAGAGCCUCCGGUUGGUCUUUGCUGACCUUGCUCCAUCCACUAUCUCUGGUCCUCCACCUAGUUCUUUGGAUCUCCUGACAACACCACUCUCUCGACUCUUCCCGUUGACACGGCACUAUACCCAGGGGUGCUAACCCUGUCCAUCUCCAUCUCUGGUUUCCUGGAACCACCUCUCCCUCACCUCUCCCCCAGCAACCCUUCCCCUCCCUGGUCUGAGAUAUAGAUGUCUGUGCCCUCGGCCUUGGAGUUCCACUGGCAGAGCCUGGCUCGGCUGCCAAGCGGGCGUGUCUACCACUCCCUGGCGGAGGUGGGGGGGCAGAUGUACAUGCUGGGGGGCUGUGAUGCUGCAGGGAGGCCCUCCCCAGCCCUGGAACUAUAUUCUCCAGAGGGGGACCAGUGGCUAAGCUUGCCCCCCAUGCCCACCCCUCGGGCGGGUGCGGCAGUUGCGGUGCUGGGCAAGCAGAUCCUGGUGGUGGGUGGUGUGGGGGAGGACCAGUGCCCUCUCAAGGUUGUGGAGGUGUACAACACAGAGGAGGGGAGGUGGAGGAAGAGGAGCGCCCUCAGAGAAGCACUGAUGGGGGUGGCCGUCACUGUAAAAGAUGGGCGUGCGUUGGCAGUGGGUGGUAUGGGUUCAGACCUGCUCCCUCGUAGUAUACUACAGCAGUAUGACCUGAGGAAGAAUGUGUGGGCACUACUGCCCCCUAUGCCCACACCGCGAUAUGAUGCUACAGCACACCUACUGGGCAACAAGAUCUAUGUGGCAGGUGGGCGUCAGUGUAAGCGCACGUUGAAGGUCUUUGAGGUAUUUGAUUCAGAGACACGCUCCUGGAGUACACUACCCAACAUGCCGUGUAAACGUUCGUACGGUGGCGUGUUCUGGGACAGUUCGGGGAGGCUGUGUCUGCUGGGGGGGCUAAGGAAGGGAGGGGGCCACCAGAGCUCCAAGUUCACCAAGAAUGUCAACAUCUUUGAUACUAACCAGGGGUUGUGGUUGAAGUCAGAGGACACGGUGGCCAUGAAGACUAAGAGGGCUGACUUUGCCUCAUCUUUCCUCAGGGGCAGGAUGGUCGUAGCAGGAGGACUCGGUCACCAGCCUUCAGUUCUGGACACGGUGGAAGCCUUCCACCCUCAGAAGAGGAAGUGGGAGAGACUGGCUCCCAUGGCAAUGGCGCGAUGCUCUGCCUCGUCCAUCGUCAUCAGGGACCGCUUGCUGGUGGUGGGAGGAGUCAACCAGGUCCCUAGUUCAGCCCAUGAGAUCCUGUAUGUGAAAGAGGAGUGUCUGUAGGCUAGAGGACAUGACCCUUACAGGAUGAUUGACAGCAGGAUGACCACAAGAAGAUUCUGAAUUAUAGAACAUUCUAUUCAAGAUCAGUGGUUCCAGUGCUUUCAUAAUGGCUGCUGGUCUGGGACAAGUGCAAUAUGUUUCCUAAGAUCUACAGAGGAAUAAAAAGGAUGGGGAAAUAAUGCCACAAACACAGAACAGUGCCCUCUGCUGGGUUGUCUAUGCACACUCAACUCCAACACACAGUGAGAGAACUGAUAUCACACAGGCUACACACACAGAGAAUAGAUCCCAAUUAUCACCAUACUGACUCACAUCGUACAAAAUAUUCUACACCAGGGAUGGCCAACUUUGAUGGGCGUAGGCCCACUAAAAAUCUCAACUCAUCAUGAGGGGCCGUAGUUACUCGCGGGUCUGCGUACCCACGUGGGCACAACCACAUUUCGAAAUUGCGCCUUGUGUAUUCUAAAAAUAAAAAGGUAGCCAGUUGCACAUCCCUGUUCUACACACACGAGGAGCUGGCUUUCUCUGUAAAUAAGUUAUUCAGAAGAGUUUUAGUAAUGUAAAGAUUCCUCUUCACUGUGUGUGAUCUCCCUAUAGAGAUUCUCAUUUUAACUUUUCCAUCUAUUGUUGUAGAUUUACUGCUUGCCUUGCCUUAAACGUUUUUAACUGGACAUAUAGAUGUGAUCUUAACAGGGAGUAAAGACUAGAGCAAGGUAAUACAUUUUGUAUUGUUACUGAGAUAAAUACUGUUUAUUUGUUGUGUAUGAAAUGUGUGCAGUUUGUCAACAGUUUGAUAUUCCCUACUGUAGAUGCAAGUGACAUGUUAGUGUACACCCAUCUCUAAGACCUAAGUUAGCCAACUCCUGACAUACAGUACAGUACAGUAUGCAGUCGCUUGGACUAGCAUGAAGACAUGCACUUAACUGGAGUGUGCAUAUAGCAUGCAUGCAGACAUAGCAGGCAUAUAUCUGGAGCAAGUCAAAAUAAUGUAUAUGAAUUAACUCCACUACUGAAACAGAGUGUGCAAUCAUCAGGAGUUGACUAUACCCACUGAUGGAGGCCGCUGAGGGGAGGACUGGAAUGGCUGGAAUGGACAGAAUGUAUUGGUGUCAAACACAACCAUGAUACCAUUCCAUUUACUCCAUUCCAGCCAUUAUUAUGAUCCAUCCUCCCAUCAGCAGCCUCCACUGAAACCUACAUAUUUGAAUGGGUUGCCUAUGGAUUGCUAUGGCAAUAGGAAUUAUAUAGGUGUGAGAAGGUUAAUCAUGUAAUGUCUGGUUUAAAGUAUAUAUCAAAUGGUGUAUGUUCUUUAAUCCUAUUUAAGAUCUGAUGCUCUUUUUAAAAUCCCCAUUUAAAAAAUAUAUGUUAUACUCAUGAUUACAUGCAAUACUGGUUUUCGGUUCAUCUGUUUUGGUUUGUAAUUAGUGCACUGUGUAUUGACAAUUGAAUUCUGUCAAAUGUACGUAUUAAUGAAUAGCUUCAUUCUCAGGAUGUUAUUAAAAAGCACAAACUACUGGAUGAA